CGCUGGGCCCUGCGCGCCCCGGGAGCGCCGCGCGGCCCUGCCCGCGGGCUCCGGGUGUCCGCGGGGCGGCGCCGCGGAACAUGACGGCGCCCUGGGCGGCCCUCGCCCUCCUCUGGGGAUCGCUGUGCGCGGGUUCUGGGCGCGGGGAGGCCGAGACUCGGGAGUGCAUUUACUACAACGCCAACUGGGAGCUGGAGCGCACCAACCAGAGCGGCCUGGAGCGCUGCGAGGGCGAGCAGGACAAGCGGCUGCACUGCUACGCCUCCUGGCGCAACAGCUCCGGCACCAUCGAGCUCGUCAAGAAGGGCUGCUGGCUGGACGACUUCAACUGCUACGACAGGCAGGAGUGCGUGGCCACCGAGGAGAACCCCCAGGUGUACUUCUGCUGCUGUGAAGGCAACUUCUGCAACGAGCGCUUCACCCACUUGCCGGAGGCUGGGGGCCCGGAAGUCACGUACGAGCCACCCCCGACAGCCCCCACCCUGCUCACGGUGCUGGCCUACUCGCUGCUGCCCAUUGGGGGCCUCUCCCUCAUCGUCCUGCUGGCCUUCUGGAUGUACCGGCAUCGCAAGCCUCCCUACGGCCAUGUGGACAUCCACGAGGACCCCGGACCUCCUCCUCCGUCCCCUCUGGUGGGCCUGAAGCCUCUGCAGCUGCUGGAGAUCAAGGCUCGGGGGCGCUUUGGCUGUGUCUGGAAGGCGCAGCUCAUGAAUGACUUUGUCGCUGUCAAGAUCUUCCCACUCCAGGACAAGCAGUCAUGGCAGAGUGAACGGGAGAUCUUCAGCACCCCCGGCAUGAAGCAUGAGAACCUGCUGCAGUUCAUUGCCGCUGAGAAGCGAGGCUCCAACCUUGAGGUGGAGCUCUGGCUCAUUACGGCCUUCCAUGACAAGGGCUCCCUCACGGAUUACCUCAAGGGGAACAUCAUCACGUGGAAUGAACUGUGUCACGUGGCAGAGACAAUGUCAAGAGGCCUCUCGUACCUUCAUGAGGAUGUGCCCUGGUGCCGUGGCGAGGGCCACAAGCCGUCGAUUGCCCACAGGGACUUCAAAAGCAAGAAUGUAUUGCUCAAGAGUGACCUCACAGCCGUGCUGGCUGACUUUGGUCUGGCUGUUCGGUUUGAGCCAGGGAAACCUCCGGGGGACACUCAUGGGCAGGUGGGUACGCGGCGGUACAUGGCCCCUGAGGUGCUUGAGGGAGCCAUCAACUUCCAGAGAGAUGCCUUCCUGCGCAUCGACAUGUACGCCAUGGGGCUGGUGCUGUGGGAGCUCGUGUCCCGCUGCAAGGCUGCGGAUGGCCCUGUGGAUGAGUACAUGCUGCCCUUUGAGGAAGAGAUCGGCCAGCACCCAUCACUGGAGGAGCUACAAGAGGUGGUCGUGCACAAGAAGAUGCGGCCCGCCAUUAAGGAUCAUUGGCUGAAGCACCCGGGCCUGGCCCAGCUCUGCGUGACCAUCGAGGAGUGCUGGGACCACGAUGCAGAGGCUCGCCUGUCUGCGGGCUGCGUGGAGGAGCGGGUGUCCCUAAUCCGGAGGUCAGUCAACGGCACUACCUCGGACUGUCUUGUCUCCCUGGUGACCUCCGUCACCAAUGUGGACCUGCCCCCUAAGGAGUCGAGCAUCUAAGCCCAGGAAUGAGUGGAUCUGAAGAGGAAAGGAAAAAAAGUUGUGUUUUGUUUUGGAAAUCCCAUAACACCAACAAACACAUAAAAUGCAGCUGCUAUUUUACCUUGACUUUUUAUUAUUAUUAUAAUUAUUAUAAUUAUUAUUAUUAAUAUUAUUUUUUGGAUUGGAUCAGUUUUUACCAGCACAUUGCUCUACUGUAUCGCAAACAGCGGACACGUCAGCAGGCGUUGAGGUGCUGAGCUGUGAAUGCAGAACCAGCGCCAUGCUGAAGAGCCUCAGCCACCUCCUGUCCUUUGGGGUUCAUUUUUCCCGCUUUCUCUUUGUUUGUUGUCUCAGAAUCUGUGACACAAAGAAACCCAUCUCCUGUCUUAGGAAACUUAAUGCUGCAAACUCUACCUAGAGGAACCUUUGAAGACUGUUACAUAAGAACACACCUUCCUCAGAGGAAGAAUUUCCCCCUGCCCUCGUCCCCCUCUUCCCCCCCCCGCCUUUGUUGUUUUUCUCCCUUUUUAGACAGUGAGUUUAAGAAACAGCAGAUGUGUCUUUCACGGAUUAACGGGUGUUGUCCUGACCGAGGAAAAACGGGGAUGAGAAUGAGGAUGGUUUGGACCGGAGUUGG